GUUCUCUCUAUGCGAGUGUGCACACAAUUAUGCACACAUGCAAACUUAAAAAAUGUCUUCAACAUAUGCUAACAGGGUGAUUGACAAGACAAUAGAACGAUAUCAAACAGCUUUGAAGACCCCAACAAUUGGCCCAGCCAAAGGCAUAGAUGAAAAUAUGCAGCAUUUGAAAGAUGAGACUGCUGAACUGCACAAAAAGAUUGAGCUCCUUGAAGUGUCCGAAAGAAUGCUCAUGGGAGAGAGUUUAGAUUCUUGUUCGAAAGGUGAAUUAGAACAGCUCGAACAACAAUUGGAACAAAGUUUGAAAAACAUCAGGACAAGAAAGAUCACACUGUUGAACGAGCAGAUUGAUCACCUGAAGCAACAGGAAGAGCGCCUGAUGAAAGAAAAUGCAGAACUAAGGAAAAGGGUGGACAGUGAACAACAUAGUAUCAAUUUUAUUAAUUUUGUUUAAAAAAAAAAAAUCUACUUGUGCACCGGUUGUGUGCACGGUAUAUUUUUCUUUCCCAUGAGACUAAUUCAGUAACUCGUUUCCAUUUGAUUAUCAAUAAAUUAUUACGAAUGAAGCAUGUAUAUGACGAAUAUACUCUUAGUAACGAUUGCAAUACUGAUCAGUCUUUACCCUUUGAGACGAUACAUUUAGUGGAUAGUUAUAGAUAGAGAUUUGGAUGAUGAAACAGACUG